AUGGAACGGCGGCGAUCUCAAAGCUCCGCCUCAGGCGGCGGGGAAACGGCAGAGGAGAGGCCCGGGCGGCCGCCUGAUUGGUCGCGGGCCCGCGAGACGUCAGGCUCCCACGGCGCCGCUGAUUGGUCGCCGGCGACGCCCUUCGUGAGCAGAGCGCGGAGGGGGGCACGCGAGGGGGGCGGGAGGCGCCGCGGUGCCCGACGGGAGGAGCAGUCCGCCGGGCGGAGGCGCGCGCGCGCGGGGCGGGGAGGCCGCUUCCCGGGAGGACUACGGCUCCCAGGGUGCCCCGCGGGCGGCGGCCUUCCGGCCGCUGUGAAUAUGUAUCAGAAUGUUAAUGACGAGGCGCUGCUAAAUUUGGUCAAAGGAGUCACCUCGGCAGAGCGUGCGGUGGGAGCAGCGAGGAGCGGCGGCGCCGGGAGCAGGGCAGGGCAGGGCUGGGCAGGGCUGGGCAGGGCCGGGCCGGGCCGGGCACGGCGCUUCGUACCCGGUGCUUCGUACCCGGUGCUUCGUACCCGGUGCUUCGUACCCGGUGCUUCGUACCCGGUGCUUCGUACCCGGUGCUUCGUACCCGGUGCUUCGUACCCGGUGCUUCGUACCCGGUGCUUCGUACCCGGUGCUUCGUACCCGGUGCUUCGUACCCGGUGCUUCGUACCAGGUGCUGCUGCGCGGCCGCUUCCUGGAGUUCGGACAGGUGGAGGAGAACCCGAAAGCAAAAUACAAAUAAAACAGCGCGGACCGUACCGUCUUCGUCCUCUCUCUCCCUCUUUUUAAUUUUUUCUUUUUUUUUUCCUUUUUUCUUUUUAAUUUUGUUUUUGACCGACCCACCCGAGCGGAGCCCCGCGAUGCGGUAGCGGCGGAAGCGGCCCCGCGCCUCGGCCCCGCGGCAGCGCCGCACCG